GCUCCACCACAAAGUGACCGUUUUAGACGACUAUCUGGUGGUGAUCCACGUGACUCUAGGCCCAAACCACCAUCUCAGACGUCCUAUCUACGAGGAAAAAGCGAAAGUGACCUGGGACGAGCGUUACGCAGUGAUGACGAGUAUGAUACSAUAGAUGUAGAGCUUUUUAAGAARUCACAAGGAUACGGAUUUAGUAUCCGAGGCGGGCGUGAGCUCGGAAUGCCUAUAUUUGUACURAAAAUCGCCGAGGGCGGAGURGCUGACUUGGACGGWCGAGUAAAGGUUGGUGAUGAAAUCUUAUACAUCAAUAAUCGUAGUACAAAAGACCUUCUUCAUACAGACGCUAUUGACAUGAUUCGAGGAAACAGCCGCAUUAGACUUACAUUGAAAAGGAGAUUCGGACCUUCUGUGUUUGAUACUCUUCCUAAUGGCGGCCCCAGAUACCAAUCACGUUCAGAAUAYGGACGCACAACAUCUUCGUCUUCCUACAAUCCUCGACCUUUAUCAAUCUACUAGAAUUCUAAAUAUUAAAAACAAUGGAGGCCUUUCUUGUGAAAUGUCAAAA